AUGGAACUGAAAAUUUCACAUGAUCCUUGGAUUUGUACUAGAAACAUCGUCGAAAAACCAAAGCUUAAAAAACCUGGGGAAAAGGCUAUCCGCAAUUUCCACAGUUUCUCUAUUUUCCAUUCAUUUCUUUGCAAUAUCUUCUCUUCAAGACUUCAACCAAACCCAAAGUUAUGCCCUCGCUGUCAUGAAGAUCCUAUAGGAAGUGGGUUAGCGACAGGGGCCAUUGUGGAAGCGGCGGGACCCGAAUGCAUUGUCCCAGGCCAGAUUACACCUAUUAGAUUACUUGGUCUUAAGGUGUGGCCAAUUGAAGUUGACAAGAAAUUUUUGGAACCUGUCAGUAAAGAACUAAAGUUUCUUGGAAAGUUCAUGGAAGAUGCUGUCAACAUCAUGAAUAAGUCAUUUAUAGAUCGCUAAGGGCUAAGGCUUUUUAAGCUCUUGAAAGAAGAGGGAGCAGCGAAAAGGGCUUGCAAGCUAUUUUGGAUUGUCGUGGCAAUGAAGAGUUGCAGCAUGUGGACCUGUGAGUGACUGUAAAUAAGAUGCUUUUACUAUUUUUUUAUCAUUUUUCCCCCUAGAGGUGAAAUAGUCUAGGUCACAAGAGAUACAUUGGAUGAUACCAUAGAGGCUUUUCUAUAGUUUGCGUCAUAAUAUGUUUUUAUGGAUUUUUCAUCCCAGAAGUCAGAUACUGUGACUGGAAUGUGUAGGAGUUUCCUUCACCAAUCGAAUAAAUAUGGUCCCAUUGCAGUUUUCACUUAGUUUUUGUCCUUACAAAUAUUUCGUUGAAAGGUUCCAUUGAUGUGUAAUCUAUCAUGUGCUGGCAGUUUUUUCAGUAACCAACUAAUUUAGAAGGAAAACCGAGAAGCAGUUUCAUUCAUUUGAAGCUAUGUUACUCUUCCUUUCUAUGGUGUUUUUUUUUUCUUUCUUUUUUUCAUUAAAGGAGGAUAAUAGACCCCCCAAGUUAGCAGUAUUGCAGGAGUUAGGAUUCAAACUGCAGCCUGCAUG